AUGUCAUCUGUCCGAGCCCAUCGCAAGGCCUACAGUCAAAUUGGUACUUUACUCAUACAAGAACGAUCAAGUCUUGCGAAUUUUCCAACUAUGCCUCAAAUUGCUGAUCAUGAUGAUGUCGAAGAUGACAUGUUACCCGUAGAACAUCUGCAUAUUGGUCAACGGCAAUACGAACAACUUAAUAGUGAACAACGAACUAUUGUAGAGUCAGUUCGUCAAACUGUUUUGAAUAGAAAUAGCUUCGGAGGAGAUCGGUACUUUUUUAUUGACGGACCUGGUGGUUCAGGGAAGACCUUCAUUUAUACAACUUUGUAUCAUUUAUUAAAAGGUGAUGAAAAAGUUGUAUGCACUAUGGCAUUCACGGGAAUAGCAGCAACACUGCUUCCUCAAGGAAAGACAGUUCACAGAACGUUCAAAUUGCCAAUUGCAAUCUACAAUGAUUCUUCGCCAACAAUCAAAGUCCAAUCGCAAGACGCAAAAUAUUUGCAGAGUGUCGACCUAUUCAUUUGGGACGAAGCACCGAUGGCACCAAGACAUGCAUUGGAAUUGGUAGAUCGAACUCUGCGAGACAUAAUGAAUAGCACUGAGCCAUUCGGAGGAAAGAUCAUGAUCUUGGGCGGUGAUUUCCGACAAUUAUUGCCUGUUAAGAAAUUUGCGACUCGAAGUGAACUGGUGGAUCUAUCCAUUAAGUAUAGUCCGAUCUGGCCAUCGUUUUCACAAUUUUCUCUCACUAAAAAUAUGCGCACUUUGCCGGAAGAAAUAGAAUUUGCUGCAUUUUUGUUGUCAGUUGGUGAUGGAACGGUUAAUAUCGAAGAGUUUGAUAUUUGCUUACCAGAUCAUUGCCUGGCGCUUCCAGAUGCUGAUAUAGCUGAAGAUCUGUACGGCGAAGUAAUUAGGAAUCACCAAUAUGAGAAGUUAACCGAGUGGGCCAUACUAUCUGCAAGGAAUGUUGAUGUUGAAGACAUCAAUAAACGAGUUGUUCAAUUAUUGGAUAGCUAUACAGAAAAGAUUUUUACCAGCAUCAAUACUGUAAGUGGCUCUGAUAAUGGGGAUAUUGCCGAGACGCUCUUACCAGAAUAUUUAGAAACCUUGAACCCUCCAAGCUUACCGCCUCAUGAAUUGCGAUUAAGAGUUAAUAGUGUUGUUAUGCUUAUCAGAAAUUUGUCUAUCAAUGAGGGUUUGUGCAAUGGAACAAGGUUACAGGUAUUAGAGUUUUCAAAUCAUCUACUCAAAUGCAAGAUAUUGACUGGAGACAAAUCAGGUGAAAUGGUUUUUAUAAAUCGCAUUACUUUGUAUAGUGAAGACAAUUAUCCAUUUACGUUCGGACGACGACAAUUCCCAGUGAAAUUAGCCUUUGCAAUGACGAUAAAUAAAUCACAGGGGCAAACUUUUGAGAGAAUUGGAAUUGACCUUCGAAAAGACAUUUUUAAUCAUGGUCAGCUGUACGUCGCCUUAUCACGGGUUCGCUCUUGGGACUCUCUCAAAAUAUAUUUAGGGGCUCAAAGGGAAUCAAAUGUUGUUAAGAAUUACGUAUACAAGGAAUUGUAUCAAUAG